ACCACCGACACCGGGGUAUUCACGCCGGUUAACAACCGGAUGCGGACGUGGCCAUACAGCCACUAUGCUUCCGGUAUGCGUAUCCGCGAACGGUGAGAGCAAGGAAGGGAUUAACGGAGGCAUCUCUCCGGGGCAAGAGACCUGAGACAUAACAGAGGAAAGUACUCGGACUCGCUGCGGGCAACCUAAACUGAACCAGAACCCGGUAAAAACGGGCGUACUCAUCACGAUACUGAACCCAAUUUCAGAUUUAGGGAUGAACUCAGAAUGAAUGUCAACCAGCAACCGCACAUGGCCUCCCCGUAUGGACAGCUUCCACCUGGGUACCAGGGAUAUCCCCAGCCAGGCUAUGGGGGACAGCAUGUGGCAGGUGGCUACCCCACCCAGUAUGCGCCUUAUAACGGUCCCACCUCCACGUACCAGCCUGGAGCUCCGCCCUCAGGAUACUCUCCUUUUUCAAGCUUUCCCUCUAAGUCUCUCCCUGCAAAUGUAGCUACUGACCUGUCCUCUUCUCAUCCUCCUCUUCUCACCUUAGGUACAGUUCAAGCACCCCUUGCUUCUGGGGCUCCCCCUGUGUCUGCCUCCCACACCUACAGUCAGUAUGGGCAGGGAGAUGUACAGAACGGCCCCCCCUCCGCUGCCAACCAGCCACAGAGGCCGCCAGUGUCUCAGCCUUAUGCCCCACCUUCGGUUACCCAGACGACGUACUCUCAGCAGUAUGGGGCUUCGGCCACGAGCACGCAACAGCUGACCAAUCAGAUGUCAGGCAUGCAGAUCGGAUCCACCCCACCUUCCGCAGUUGGCCCCGGAUACGCUCCGCCUCCCACCUCUGCCGCCUUCUCCUCGUCUAGCCCGCCUUCUUUCGUUCCUCACUCCGCCCCACCCCCCUCCUCACAGCCCCCGCCCAGUGUCACCAUGGCUCCGCCCUUCUAUGGCGGCCCGGCCCCCCCUCCAGUCUCACAGGCCCCGUUCUCCAAAGCCCCGCCUCCCCCCCAGGGUCUCCCUCCCCCACUCCAGUCCAUUUUGGGACCCCCUGUGUCCCAGCACAAUCACGUCAUGCAAGGGCCGCCCCCUGGACCUGGUAUGCAGGGACCGGCCCCAAGACAACCGGGGCUCCACAGCUACCAGCCACAGCAGAACGGUGCUUUUGGGCAGAUGGGGGGGCCCCAGCCUGCCUAUGCAGGAUCCUAUCCCGGCCAGCAGUAUCCUGGUGGUCAGCCCAUGCCCCCUGCCCCUGCCCCUGCCCCUGCCCCGCCGGCUCCAACACGGCUGGAUCCUGACUCCAUCCCUAGCCCGCAGGCAUCCGAAAUGCCACCUGUGCCAAGAACACGGCAUAGAAUAGACCCAGACGCUAUUCCUAGCCCAAUCCAGGUGAUUGAGGAUGACAAAGCCAGCAAGGGCGGUGAACCUUUCAUCACAGGGGUCAGGGGUCAGGCCCCACCUCUUGUCACCACCACUUGUCAGGUCAGGGACCAAGGGAACACCAGCCCCCGCUUCAUCCGCUGCACCGCCUACAACAUGCCCUGCACCUCAGACAUGGCCAAGCAGUCCCAGGUGCCCCUGGCCGCCGUCAUCAAACCGCUGGCCACUCUUCCCCCGGACGAGGGCCUGCCUGACCCGGUAGAGCACGGGGAGGGCGGUCCAGUGCGCUGUAACCGCUGCAAGGCCUACAUGUGCCCCUACAUGCAGUUCAUCGAGGGAGGGCGGCGGUUCCAGUGCGGAUUCUGCUCCUGCGUGACAGAAGUGCCUCCCCACUACUUCCAGCACCUGGAUCACACCGGAAAGCGUGUGGACUGCUAUGACCGGCCUGAGCUCUCCAGGGGCAGCUAUGAGUUCCUGGCCACUGUGGACUACUGCAAGAACAACAAACUGCCUAAGCCUCCAGCCUUCAUAUUCCUGAUUGACGUGUCAUACAACGCCGUCAAGGCCGGCAUGGUCAGCCUGGUCUGUCAGGAGCUGAAGACGCUGCUUGACUGCUUGCCCAGGGAGAAGGAAGACGGUGAGUCUUCUGUCAGGGUGGGCUUUGUGACCUACAACAAGGAGCUGCACUUCUACAACGUGAAGGGCUCCCUGGCGCAGCCGCAGAUGCUGGUGGUCUCAGACGUGUCCGACGCCUUCGUGCCCCUGCUGGACGGCUUCCUGGUCGGCGUGGCAGAGUCCCGGCCCGUCAUCGAGAGCUUGCUGGACCAGAUCCCAGAGAUGUUUGGAGAGACGCGGGAGACGGAGACCGUGUUCGGGCCGGUCAUUCAGGCCGGGUUGGAGGCUCUGAAGGCUGCUGACUGCGCAGGUAAGCUCUUCAUCUUCCACUCCUCCCUGCCCAUCGCUGAGGCUCCUGGGAAACUGAAGAACCGCGACGACAAGAAGCUGGUCGGCACGGACAAGGAGAAGUCCCUGUUCCAGCCCCAGGUGGGUUUCUACGGCAACCUGGCGAAAGAGUGCGUGGCGCAGGGCUGCUGUGUGGACCUCUUCCUCUUCCCUAACCAGUACAUCGACGUGGCCACACUCGCCGUGGUCCCCACCUCCACCGGCGGCUCCGUGUACAAAUACACGCACUUCCAGCCACAAACGGACAGCGAGCGGUUCCUGAAUGACCUUCGGCGAGAUGUGAAGAAGACUGUGGUCUUUGACGCGGUGUUGAGGGUGCGGACCAGCACCGGUGUCAGGGCCACAGACUUCCUUGGCUCCUUCUACAUGAGUAACACCACGGAUGUGGAGCUGGCCGGUCUGGACAGUGACAAGACGGUGACGGUCGAGUUCAAACACGACGACAAGCUGAGUGAGGAGACGGGUGCACUCAUGCAGUGCGCCGUGCUCUACACCAGCUGCGGCGGGCAGAGGCGUCUGCGCAUCCACAACCUGUCCAUCAGCUGCUGCUCCCAGCUGGCCGACCUGUACCGCCACUGCGAGACCGACACCAUCAUCAACUUCCUCGCCAAGUCCGCCUAUCGCAGCAUACUGAGCAGCCCCACGUCAGCGGUGAGGGACAGCCUGGUCAACCAAUGCGCUCAGAUCCUGGCCUGCUACCGCAAGAACUGUGCCAGCCCCUCCUCCGCCGGACAGCUGAUCCUGCCCGAGUGCAUGAAGCUCCUCCCCGUGUACCUGAACUGCGUGCUGAAGACGGACGUGCUGCGGCCCAGGGCCGAGGCCUCCCUGGAUGACCGCGCCUUCCUGCGCGAGCUGGUGGGCUGCAUGGACGUGUCUGAGAGCCACGCCUUCUUCUACCCCCGCCUGCUGCCCCUGCAGAAGCUGGACGUUGAUAGCGAGGCGUUGCCGGUGGCUAUCAGGGUGUCUGAGGAGCGGCUCUUAAGGGGCGGGCUGUACCUGCUGGAGAACGGCCAGCACCUCUUCCUGUGGGUGGGGGCGACCGCGCCCCAGGAGCUGCUCCAGAACGUGUUCGGCACCCCUGCCUUCAGCCAGGUCCACCCCGGCAUGACAUCAUUGCCAAUAUUAGAUAAUCCUUUCUCGAAGAAAUUACGAGACAUCAUCGACUCUUUCCGAGCUCAACGAUCACGAUACAUGAAGCUGAUGGUGGUGAAACAGGAGGACAGGAUGGAGCUGGUCUUCAGGCAGUUCCUGGUGGAGGACAAGAGCAGUAACGGCGGGCCGUCCUACGUGGACUUCCUGUGUCACAUGCACAAGGAGAUCCGUCAGCUGCUGAGCUAGGACCCGCCCACGCCCGUCACCUUCCAACCCCCUCCACCCUGCCUCAGCCCAGAACCAACCACAGACUGGCUUCUCCUUUGGGCUGCUGAGCUAGGACCCACCCACGCUCAUCACCCUCCAACUCCCUCUACCCUGCCUCAGUCCAGAACCAACCACAGACUGGCUUCUCCUUUGGGCUGCUGAGCUUUGACACUCCUACACCCGUCACCCCACAAAAACCACGGACUGGCUAAAUGACUAAAUGUGAAUGAACAUUCCCCCUCCCUUCCCCGCUUCUCCAAUCUGUCUGAAGGACCGGAAGAUGGAGGAUUCCUGAAUGGAUAGAUAGAACUGUCAGGUUCCUCUUCCUGUUUCUUAUGGGUUUAUUUCCUCUGCUCUGGUCAGCCAGACGUCAGUCUCGAACAAUCCAAACAUCCUGCUAUAUGUAGCUAUGUACAUAUGUAUGUAGUCUGUCUGUGUGUGUGUGUGUGUGUGUGUGUGUGUGUGUGUGUGUGUGUGUGUGUGUGUGUGUGUGUGUGUGUGUGUGUGUGUGUGUGUGUGUGUGUGUGUGCAUGAAUGUCACACUUUUGUGGUGGUGCCCCUGUCCACUGGUCACAAACCCAGGUUGAGGGUGUCCCGUUUUGUUCCUGUCUCUGAAAAGGGCUGAGUGGGGGUCCUUGGCGGAGAAUGCAGACAGGGUAAGAGGGGUGCGUUUGUGCAAACGUAUAAGCAGCACGCGUUCGACGAGACUGUGAAUUCCGACGCUUAUUGUAACCGAUGUUUUUUCAGAAACACUAGCACUGAACGAAUGAAUGAGCGAUAGUGUGAAUGAAUGAGCGAGAGUGUGAAUGAAUGAGCGAUUUAACAUACUUUCCCCAGCCCCCCAUGUCUAAAACACUGGUUCCUUGAUUGGGAGCUCAAAUCUUUUUGUAUAAAUUGAAAAAGCAAGUGAAAUUUCACUUGAAAAUGACUUUAGACCUAACAAAUAUUAAAAAUUAUAAACCUGAAAA